AUGUUACUUCGCCACCCUUUUGUCACGGUUCUUGCCUUACUCGCUUUUCCAACGCGAGCAUUAUCACGAAAAGACGGUGGUGGCUCUAGCAGUGACACCGACAGUGACAGCACCAGCUACACCAAUAGCCACAGUGACUCCAGUGACUCCAGUGAUGGUGAUGACAUUUCUUCAUCUACUUCAUCAUCCUCAAGCCCACUCAGCUGCACAGAUUCCCACCGUCUGAACUUCGAAGAUCUUCAACCUUCGCACUACGACCCAUACAAUCGGGACCCACGCCGGGGUCAUGCUAGUGCUUACAGCGACUUUGAUGGCGUCUUCUUCAAGGGCGAAGCCAAUCUCGAGUACACAAUCGUAACACCACCCACAAAUUUUACCGAAGGCGACAUUGUUAGUUCAUCCUUGAUCACAUGUCCAGUUGGUAGACAAUCCAUGCGCAUGCUAGGCGCUGCAUGGGUUGCUGCCAAAGCUCCUACUCCUGCGGGGCCCGUCAAUCCCAUCACGCUGGGGUUCAAGGCUUGGAAGAGCAAUAUACGCGUCGAGGAUAUCGACUAUUCGUACAGUGUGUGUAAGAAUUUGGAUCUCAUACGGCUCAUCACGACGGUAGACUUGAUUACAGAAUCUGGAGUCCAGGCCAUGGAUACAGUUGCAUUGAACAUCACUCAGGCGGCUGAUAAUAGCAAUAAGAUCAUGUUCGAUGGGGUCUAUGAUCUCAAAGACUGGGCAGAUAGUAAGAGGGACCUUUUGCAACCAGAACGCUAUGACAAUGCCGGCCUUUAUGAUCAAAUGAUUACUCUUCCGGAUAGUUUAUGCUCCGAGCGGAAAAAAUUGGGCAAGAUCCUCAUUGGAUGGCCAACUGGAACACAUAUCAAUGGGUCUAUGACCAAUGAAACCCUUGAGCUGAAUUUCUCUGGCACGACAGUUACUGGGUUUGAACAUAUUUAUCCCACAUGGCAGGACACUGAUACAAAGGUAAAUGUGACUUUCGAGUUCACAUUCAGGGGUAGCUUUGAUGCCGCGAAUUCCUCGCAGGUGGUUCUGGCAGGGGCAUCGAGCCACAAUGCGUCACUAGUCAGCUUUGAGAGGGCGACUGGUAUUGCCACUGCCACAAGUCUUUCAUUAUACUGCGUACUGCUAUCCUUUUUGGUUAGUUUUGGGAUGAUCGUUGUAUGA